AUGGUGGCGACGUCGCGCGUGAUGCCGAUCGCCUUCCUGGGGCUCUUCAACGAGAACGUGUCACUGGCGGCGGUGGAGGGGGCCACAUAUCUGAGCGUCUUCCUGCUCAUGCUGCACGUCCACUCCUCCGGCAAGCGCAAUGCCACGAUGCUGACCGCUGCGGUGCUCCAGAUACUCGUCGUGGAGCUGUUCUUCUACAGCCACAGUCGCUGGCACGCAGAGGCGCUGGUGAUGCUCGUGUCAGAGCGGCUGCCUCUGUACAAUGUGCUGUUGCAGGCUCAGCUCUACUACAUAGCUUUCGUGACGACUUCCAGACUGCGGAUCGACCCGUUCUUGCAGCCUUUUGCGAUGGGCUCGCUCAUGGUGAUGCUCGCCUUCCCAUUCGAGCUACUGGGCACCAAGUUCCUCUGGUGGACGUGGCAUGACAGCGAUCCGCUGCUGGCCGACCGGCUGAUGGGCGUGCCGUGCCACGUGCUCUUCUACUAUUUUUUCUUCGCGUUUGCAUUCGAUUGUGUGCACCAUAUCCUGCGGAGCACGUGGCUCGUCGGCGACUACUACGAAGCCGAGCACUGGAAGACGGAGUGGAGCUAUGUGCCACUAAUGUCAUUGCUGAGCACCAUCUUCGCCUCGGGCUUCCUCAUCUUGGGCUACUACGCGACGGUUCACCUCAUGGGAAUCCAAGCACAGGUGUGGUUCUUUAUGCUGAUCGGGUUGAGUUUGCUACUCUUCUGGAUGGCCGACCGUGAACGAGACUCUCCCGAGGUACAGAAAGCUCUGGAGCCUGUGGACGUCUACGACAGCGACUGGCUGUACCCGUGCAUCGACCACGCCGUGAACCAAAUGGCGUUCCUGCUCUACUUGGUUCUGGUGCUGCUGGCGCUGUUCAUCAACCCGACGGAGAUCGUGUCGCUGAGCAAUCACCAGCCGCUGGGCAACUGUCUCGAGAGCGAGUCAUUCUACUCACUCAUAGGCAUGCAGCACCGCCGCCAGAAGUAUCUGUGCGUGCACGACUUCGACGAGGAGUUCAACCUGUGCAACUACCCGGUGACGCAGCUGCUGUACGAGAACUCGUGGUACAUGAUCUGCGGCCGCGGCUACAGCGACUUCGCGACGUACUUGGCGUUGGUGGUCGGCUGCUUCCUCGGGCUCAACCUGCUGCUCUUCCAGGCGCUCAAGCGGCCGCAGCGCACGCGCAUCGUGUCCUUCCGGCGUCAAUGA